AGAACAGUAAACGAAUAAGAAAUAGAGUGUUUUAAAAGUAUUUCAAGUUGCAGUGCAAUCUGGUUAAUGCUGGGCAUAAACAUGAGGGGUCGGUCGCCGACGGGAAAGCGUCGAGGAUGUUUUCUUCUCAUCGUUCUCUUCGCAGUAAUAUUUUCAGCUUACGUUGAGCAGGUAUUGAGUCUACCUACUGAACCAGAAAAUCAAUGGCCCACUUUUCCUAGAAGAAAUAUUGCUACUCUCGCAAAAAAUGGAUAUUUGAGGAAUUCCGGCGCUAAUAGCUACAAGCGGAGCAUCUCAAUAUUGGCCAAGAACGGAAUGCUUCCAACGUAUCGAUCUCCUUAUGUGGGUACAGACAAACAGGAACACGAAGACGAAUCUCAAGAGAAAAGAAAUUUGGCUUCAAUUGCUAGACUUCGCAGCUAUUCGGCUAUGAAGAGAAACAUUCAAGCUCUGGCCCGGGAUGGAUACCGUAUGGGAAGGGGACAGUACAAUACUCAAAACAAUAAACGCAAUAUAGCAGCUCUCGCACGUAACGGGCUUUUGCAUAAAAAAGACGAAAUUAAUGGCGACGAAUAUUACUUUCCAUUUUAUCAGAAUCCGAUUCCCCCUUUAUCGGAAAUCGAUGGGCCUUUUGAUAUCAACGAAAUGUAUGAUUUCCAGCAAACUAUUAAUCCGGAUAUGUUUCCGCCCCUUUCGCAAGUUGCCAAGCGUAGCGCUUUGGGUCCCGAAAACGACUACGCUGUUCUCAAAGACUUUGAAGACAACGCGUAUUUGAAGAAGGGCUAUGUAGGCUUGCCGGCUCAUGGUCUUUAUAGACCGUUGUACAGGGAUCCAACCAUUCGCACCAAGAGAUACAUACUCUCAUUACCAGACUAUAUUGAGACAAAUAACAUCGAUGACAAAAACGAUAAUGAGAACGAGGACAAGCGUUCUGUCGGUGAAGUUCUACGAGAUAAUUUCGAAAAGCGACACAUUGGUUCGUUGGCACGGUUAGGUUUGCUACCUUCCUUUAGGUUCUCUGGAGGAAGAUAUAGUCGAUCCGGUCGGGCUAGGUUAUUAUUACCGAGCCAGGAAAUGUACAGGAAGCAUUCCACUGACGAGAAUUUCGGAAUUAGGGAAUAUUUCGCUGCUCCCGAAGUUGACUCAGCAGUCAAUUCAGACGACGCCGACGUACCGCCGCCGGCAGUACCUCCUCACUCGCACCCAACCGGCAGAAUCCUCCACCGACCGCUAAGCAAUGAUCUUCCAAACACCAACCCAUCUUUGCCCGCACCGCCGAUCUCUCCUCCGAACUUCAUUGAUGCUUUCACUAAAAACCGCUGGCAGCCAAUUACUAAGGAAUCUCCGAAAUUUUACUACUUCCGAUCGUUGAAGAUACCGUUGCACUCAUCGGGAAAAAGAUACUUGUUACUUCCUGCUGUGGAUAAUAUUCUUCUGAGGAAAACUUACCGUAACAGCAGUUUACCGAGUCGCCGUAAGAAUCAGUAGCUAUGUCGAUGUUCGCUAGAUGAUGCCACAUCAACGCGAUCUGGCUGAACUAGCGACAUCGGGCAGACUAAGGUCUAUAGUGAGGACACGUAUUUACGUAUUUUGAAAAUUUUAUCCAAGAAAAAAAUAAAUUAAACGACCGUAUUCAUGACCCGGACAAUUGAUUAUACGGAUAGGGUUGGUGGGUUGACAUUAAAAUUAACGUAGACAAUAAAUUAUCGUAUCUUAUUUAUAUACCUGUUUGAUGUUGAAUGUUGUGAUUACUAGGUUUAAUUGGGCUUUAGGCAGAACCUUAUCGUUUACAAUAAAACGAUUUGACAGCAUAUCCUUGAAAGUGUCGAAACGUAUAUAAUUAAUAUUUAAACCUAAGGUGUCAAUCGCAAAUAUUGGAAAUGCGAAAAUUGUGUAGUUACUACAUAGCUGCAGACAUUGCAGUACCUUU